UGUCCCUAGCAACAAGCGUGAAAACUGUCAACAACCGUAUCGACAUGGCUGUCAGCGUGCUCAGGCACUGUAUUCCCCGCCAAGUGCCCUAGAUUAACGUCAGUCAAAAGCACGUCUGCUAGUUAGAGCGAAUUCAAAUAGCUGAUUAGGUCUACAUUCUUUAGGACUUUUUAAUAUAUUCUUUGAGGAUUUAAAAUUUUGAUCUUACAAGAUGCCAGAAGAAAACGUGAAAGUCGCUGUCAGAGUUAGGCCUUUCAACUCAAGAGAGAAGACCAGAAAUGCUGCUCUUAUUAUUGACAUGAAUGGUCAGAGUACGGCCAUCAGGAAUCCAACCAACGGAGAGGAGAAAAAGUUUAAUUUUGACUACAGCUACUGGUCUCAUGAUGGCUUCAAGGAACAGCCAGAUGGAGCCAUAGUUCCAGAUACUUCACAGCCAAACGGGAAAAAGUUUGCUGAUCAGAAAAAAGUUUACCAAGACCUGGGAGACGGCGUUCUAAAAAAUGCAUGGGAAGGUUUCAAUUCCACCUUGUUCGCCUAUGGUCAGACCGGGUCAGGCAAAAGCUGGUCCAUUGUUGGAUAUGGGAUCAAUAAAGGUGUUGUCCCAUUGUUCUGUGAAAAUAUAUUCAAAGGAAUCGACGAGAAAAAAAAAUCUGGGGAUAAAACUGAGUUUGAAGUCACCUUUAGCAUGCUGGAGAUAUAUAACGAACAAGUCAGAGAUCUACUUGACCCAAACGGCGGAAAUAAGAGAGGUGGUCUUAGGAUAAGACAACAUCCCAAGUCUGGAUUCUAUGUUGAAGACUUGCUGGUCGUUCCUGUACAGAGUUACAAAGAUAUUGAACUGAAAAUGGAUGAAGGAACAAGAAAUAGGACAGUGGCUGCUACCAACAUGAAUGCAACCAGCAGCCGCGCCCACACAAUAGUCGGAAUCACCUUUGUGCAGAAGUUUCGAAAUGCUGCCGGAGAAGACACAACCAAGUCAGCACUCAUAAAUUUGGUCGAUUUAGCUGGAAGUGAGAGAGCUGAGAGUACUGGCGCCACAGGAGAUCGCUUGAAGGAAGGUGCUGCCAUCAACCAAUCUUUGUCAUGUCUUGGAAAUUGUAUUGCAGCCUUAGCAGACAAGUCGUCUGGAAAAUUGAGUGUCAAGGUACCUUUUCGAGAUUCUGUACUGACCAAACUGUUGAAAAAUGCUUUGGGUGGAAACAGCAAAACUAUUAUGAUUGCAGCAAUCAGCCCAGCUGACAUUAAUUAUGAAGAAUCUUUGUCAACACUUCGAUAUGCUGACAGAGCUAAACAGAUUAAGACAUCUGCUACUGUGAAUGAAGAUCCAACUGACAAACUGAUUCGGGAGCUGCAGGAAGAGAAUGAAAAGCUGAAAGCCAUGCUGGGUGGGAACAUGAAGAUGGAAGUCAUGAAGGAUGAUGAUGAGGACCUCAGUGAGGAAGAAAUUGCUAAAUUAAAAGCAGAAAUGGAAGAAGAGUACAAGUCCAGACUUUCCAAUAAUGAGAAAGAGAUGGAAGAAAUGAAAAAAAGUUUUGAAGAGAAACUGAAAGAAGCUCAACUAUUAAGUGGAGACAAUGUCCAAGCACAGAUCAAUGCUAAGAAGAAGACCACAGCACACAUGUACAAUCUCAAUACUGACCCUCUCCUGACUGGACACAUCAUCAACUUCUUUGAUACACCUGCGGAGAAAAUUGGCAAUGGCAAAGAUGAAGGCGAGACUGAACUCAUUUUAACUGGUCCUGGCAUUGCUCCUAAACAUGCCAUUGUUAGGAUGGAAGGAGAUAAGUUUACACUUGAACCAGGUGAACCUAAUGUCAGAUUGAUGCAUAAUGGUAAAGCUGUUGUAGAUAAAGUUGAGCUGCACCACAAUGACAGAGUUCUGUUUGGGACAACACAGUAUUUUGUGUUUGUGCACCCUAAAGAAAGAGAUGCCUCAAAGAAAACUUACCCAGAGGUGACAUUUGAAAUGGCGCAAGAGGAAAUAGCCAAACAUUCUGGAUUUGACAUCAGCUCCAACAAAUCUCAAGAGGAAGCACUUCUCCAGGAAGAUGUGCUUGAUCUAAUGCCUGCUAUAGACAAUGCCAACUCCAUUAGUGAAGACUUGGAUAAAAAGAUGAAGUUUGAGUUAAUGAUAGUCUCCCCUGAGGCCAGGGGUGAACUGACUGGAAGAACUGAGGUUAUGAUACGAGUAAUUAACUUGGAAACCAAACAUGAAUGGGUGUGGCCAAGGGAGAAGUUUCUCAAUAGAAAAUUUGUUAUGCAAGAAAUGUAUCAGAACUAUUUAGAUGGAGAGACGUGGGACCUACCCAAAGAGAAAGAUCCAUUUGAUGAAGAUUACUCAGCUGACUUUCAUAUUGGUAGUGUUAAAGUCUGGAUGCAAUCUUUGGCCUACAUGAUUGAAUCUAAGGUACAACUUGAUAUUACAGACUUCAGAGGUGCUAAGGUUGGACUGCUGAAUGUUGAAGUCAGUCCAUGUGAUGCUAAGGGUAAAGAAUACACAGAAAAAGAUGAUGUCUAUGUUGAAGAUCCUAAGUUGUUAUUAGAUAAACCUGUCCAUUUUCUGUUCAAGAUUGUUAGUGCCAGAGGUCUACCUACCAACUUUACAGAUGUUUAUGCCAAGUAUGUUUUUUACAAAGAAGAAAAGUUCACUACAACAGAAAUAGUGAAAAACACCAGCAACCCGGACUGGAAUCACAAGAGAGUUCUAAGCUUCCCUAAAGCUGAGGAUGAUUUGCUCAACUUCUUGAAAGAAAGUGCUGUGAUGGUUCAGAUCUGGGGAAAACAAAAACCUCCUAAAGAGAAAAAAAGUGUCAACACUAAAAUGGCCAUCCUAGCAGAUGCUAAAGCUAAAGGAGGUGUAGCAGCUGCAAAUGAUAACUUGAAGAGAUUUGAUGCAGAGAAAGUGAAGUACAUGAUGGAAGUCAGCAUGUUGAGGAAACGACAAGAAAAAAUGGAAGCUAAGUUGCGGCACAUACGACAAAUGCUGGAAGCAGCUACUGAACACAAGAAGAAGAAAAUUUCUACAGAUUUGAUUUCUAAGAUUUAUACAGCUGGCACUGAAGACCAGGCCCAGAAAUGUAUCAGUCUCAUUCCCAAGGAAAAAGAUGAUGAUGACUCAAGCUCAGACUCCGAUUCUGACAAUGAAGAUAAACCGAAAACCACAUCAAAUGGCAAGGAAAAAAAGAAAGAAGAUUCAUCUAGAAAAAAUUCAAAAAGUCCGAGUUCAGAAUCUAAAAAAUCUUCACUCUGCGUUGUUCUGUAAUCAUUUACAAUACUACAUAACUGAUUCUAGCUCUUGUAAUAUUAUUUCAAAUGAUAUGUGCUUGUACAUAAACAAUGUGUAGAUAAAUUAUUUAUUGACUGAUAACACUUUAAAUCGAACUCAGUAUCUUACCAUUUAUUGUACAUUUGUCCUUAAGUUAGUCUCUUGAAAUUUUGUUUUUCAUAUUUUUGUAUGUACAGUUGAAAGUUUUUGAUGUGAUAUGUCAUUUAUCUGUUUCUGUGGCCUACGGUUAACAAAGGUGUCAUGUGGCCAGCAUAAAGACCAAUCAUCUUUACUUUUACCCAUCUAAUGUCAGGUACCCAUUAGAGCUGGGUGGACUCAGGGGCACACAAAGAACCCAGAAAUUAAAAAUCCUAGACUUCACCAGGACAUAAGGUUCGGAAGCCAAGCGCUUUACGGCUCAGCCAGUGCUGCAUCUGACCUUUGCAUGAUCUGCACAAGUCAUUUAUAGUUUCAUAAUACAACAUGUGCUCUUUUAAGUUUAUUUUUUUAUAACACUUAUAAUUGGUGCCAAACUAAAAAUAGUACAACAGUUACUUUUAAUACUGUAACGGUUCCUUACAAAAAAAAUUUUUCUUGUACAUUUAAAACAGAUUCAGUGUCUCAUUGUGUUAAGUGCAUUACAAAUUCAGUGUCUCAUUGUAUUAGAAUUUUCUUUCUUGAUUAUUUCAAAAUGAAAGCAAUUUUUUUUUAAACUUGAUUUCAAAACUGUUCAACUUGCACUAUCAAUUUAUACUUUGAAUUUACUGUUAUAAUGAAACUACAAGUACAUGAAUUAUUCACAUGAUGUGUGCAAUAAUAUCUAUUAUUAUUUGAUACUAUAUAUUUUAUAUAUUUAAAUAACUUAAAAAUAAUAUGGUCAAGUGACCCUGCACACUUAUGUACUAGAUUGUAUAUUUUGCCAAAACUUUAUCAAUAUAGUUUCCAAUUUCAGUCUCAUUUUUUUAUUUGUGAAUAAUUUGAUGUUAUACUGCUGAUAAUCUAAUACAUUGACAAAUAUUAGAUGUAAUAAAUUGUACUUUUAAAAUGAGAAUGCAAACAAAAUUAUUUUUUUUAAAUUGUCAGCCAGCUGCUGAAAAAUUAAAAAGUGUACAUAAUUAUACUUCAUGCUAAGUUUAGACAUGUUAACAUGUCAUUGUUUUAACUAUAUGUUAUUACUUUAGCUUUGAUUUAAAAUAGAUUUUUGUUAUGUUGGCCUCAGCUGUGAUAUAAACUUGUUGAAGUACUUAUCUUUCAUUAUUUUGUCAGUUUCUUAUGUUAACAAAAACAUUUUUAAUUUGUCUUAAAUCAAAACAAAUAAAGGCCAAUUAAAAAAACAAC